AUGAUUGGGAACUCUUCCUCUGGCGAUGGCUCGCAAGAAAAAAAAUCGUUUCUAGAUAAGCCAAACUCUUCAAAAACCGCGAAUAGUGCAGUAACUGGUGCUUCGGAAAAGAGUAACAAAACUGAGAAAUCGUCGAAAAAGACGGAGCAGAAAACUGAUCGAAGUGUCAAGUCAACGAAGACUCAGAUGACAGAAAAGACGACGAAUCAGUCGAUGGUCAGUCAGAAAUCGACAGCUUCUACGCAAAGUAUGGGCCGUCGAGGACCGAAAAUGAGUGAUGGAACAGAAUUCGAUACAGGUCCCUACGGAUACAUUUUCUCUUUUAUCUACCUUGCUGUCCUCUGGGGAUUAGCCAUCAUCCUUGCAAUCCUUCUGGUCUAUUUCAAUUAUUCUCGUCUCGACCCACAAUUUCCCACUUAUUUUGGACAUGGAUCUUUUCUCGGCGGUGUUCCAAAAGCUACAUUCGACCCAAACCCACGCAGAUUCUUAGAGGAGGGCAACAUAAAUGUGAUGGAAUGGAAUAUUUAUGAGUUUAAGUCGUAUCUCAACUACUUGAUUCGCUAUAAACAAUUGUUGAAAAAAUAUUCUGGUGGAGAUACGAUCAAGACACGUGUGAUAGGAAAGGGAUUGUGUAGUAAUCAAUCAUUGACAGUUGACAAAUCAUGUCAGUUUGAUAGGUUCACUGGAUUCGGAGAAUGUGUUUUAUCGCACGCAAACUUGGAACAUGGUUUUGGAUUCAGCAAAGGACAACCAUGUAUCAUGUUGAGACUCAACAAGAUUGUCGGAUGGGCGCCAAUUCUUAGCAAUCAAACAGAAUGCGACGAUGGAGAUUUGUGUUGUGGAACUGGUAUUCAAUUUGAGUGUAAAUCUAAUGACGACGUGCAAUUUGAGUACUAUCCGAAGACCGGAAUUCCCUCUUGCUAUUUCCCGUAUGCCAAUCAAAGGGGCUACGAACAACCGUAUCAGAUGGUGAAACUGGCUAAUAUCUCCUUCAAUACACCUACAACAAUCGAGUGCUAUCCGAAAGAUAGCUCGUUGAGAACACUGGAUAGCGGGAAGGUAAAUGAAGCAAGAUUUCAUAUCAAGAUGACGAAAGAUACCGUGGAUGAAAAGAAAAAAGAUUAG